AUGCCGGAUCUUGCGAUAUUAUCCUUAGGUGGUCACGCCGACUGGUCACAUUUGCCCCCCGACCUCCGGCAGCAUCUGGAAUACUUCUGCGAAAACGUUACUCACUAUCAUUACUGCAUGCUCACUGACGCACACGAGUUCUUUCGCGUCAUUCUGCCGAAUUUUGCGUUACAGAACGAGGCUCUGUUGUACGCGGUCGUGGGCUUCGCAGCCUACCAGCGGACGAUACAGAAUCCCAAUGGCAAGAUGGAGGAGUUUUUGAAAUACUACAACAAGAGUGUUAUCCUCCUGCUCAACUCCCUGAAAAGGAAAGAGAAGCACAACGUUGCUAUGCUAUUGACCGUCCUCCAGCUUGCCACAAUCGAGGAGUAUUUGGGCGACUGGAUUAACCUCAUGGGGCAUCAAAAGGCUGCGUUCGAGAUGCUGACACACUUGUUUACACCGGAGACGGCUACGCAGACCCCGCUCGGUAGAAUGAUCGUGUCUUGGUAUGGACGCUUCGACAUCUUCAUCGCUAUGAUGGGCGGUUUUCCCACGAUGCUAGCCCCUGAGUGGUUCAUAACUUUUGUAGAAUACUGCGAUCAGCAAGCCAUUUCGGACGAAGCAGACAGUCUGCACUGGAAAUUGGAAGCGGAAUCAGGUCGCCUGCGGGUCAUUUCAAGAGAAAUGUCUACCCUCUUCGCCCGAGGUAGCAGAGGCCAGAUAACACCGGAAGAUUUCGCGACAGAGCACGAACGACUGCAAAACUCGCUACAGGGCUGGAAAGACGGAUGGGAUCACGCUCUUACUGACCCUGCUUACUACGUCACGGAUUUUAGCCACGCGGGCUCCCUUGGCGAGGACAACAUUGUCGACCCGUUUAUCACAGGAGUCUUGUACGAUUUCCCGAUAUUCUCGACGACGCUACUCACCAGCGAGUUCAACUCUACCAUGAUGAUGCACAAGUGUCAAUCAUCGACUACGCAGCGAGAACACUUGUACGGCGAGCUUAGAGGUCACGCCUACGCCAUCUGCCAAAUCUUUGAGGCUGUCGAGAGGUGGCCGUCGAGCCCGAGGGGCAGCUUGAUUCUGAUCCAGGCUUGCAUUGCCCUCUCGGCGUUAUUCCUACCGCAGGACGCCAAACAUCACAACUGGAUUCGGAAGAAGUUUGCUUUGCUAGAGACUAUGGGAUACAUACACCCGAUAUCACUCCGCGCCAAGAUGGCUGAAAUGUUCCACGAGCCCAGCUGUGUGCGCUGGUGGCUGCCCAACGACGAGGGCUACAGCCGUAUCCUGCAAGACGUACGGACCUUUGCCGAUGAACGCAACGCCAAUGCCGCAACCGCCCAGGCGGAGAACAUUCGAGAAGUCAGACACAUUUUUGCAAAGAUGCAAAUGGCGGAGGAGAACGCAACCCAGGCUGCAUAG